AUGCUGAAAGGUGCAGAUGAUUCUGUUAUGGAGCAGGAGGAUUCUGCUUCCCAACAUGGAGAAAUGACAAGCUGGGAUAUCAAUGACAUCAAACUUCCCCAGCAUGUGAGCCAGACAGACUGGUUUCAAGAAUGGCCAGAUUCCUAUGUAAAACAUAUCUAUAGCUCAGAGGAUAAAAAUGCUCAGAGGCACCACAGCAGCUGGGCAAUGAGAAACACCAACAACCACAACUCUCGCAUCUUAAAGAAGUCCUGCCUUGGGGUGGUGGUUUGUGGUAACAACUGCUCUACCUUGGAUGGGAAGAAAAUCUACCUAAGACCAGCCAUAUGUGAUAAAGCCAGGCAAAAACAACAGCGGAAAUGCUGUCCAAACUGCAAUGGACCACUGCGGCUCCUUUCCUGCCGAGGGCAUGGUGGAUACCCAGUUACCAACUUCUGGAGGCAUGAGGGCCAAUUCAUAUUUUUCCAGUCCAAAGGAGCUCAUGACCACCCACGUCCAGAAACAAAACUAGAAGCAGAAGCAAGAAGAUCAAUCCAAAAAGCAAAGACAUCUUUUUCUCCAUCUUCUCUAAGACAAAAGAGAAUCCAGGAGAUUGAGUCUCUGACAGGUGCAGCGCCGACACAGGAGCCUUUGCCUUCGCUUCUUUCCAACGCGGACGCUCACGUUCCACCUGCCGAUUUCAGGGGGCAUUUAAGGGAAAGCUCUCAGGAGGCACCGCUGAGCAGCUGCUCGGGGCAGUUUGCACACCCCGGGGCGGCUGGGGCGGCCGGGGCGGCACCGACCUGGGGCCGGAGCCCGUCCCUCGGGAGGAGCCCCCGAGCCGAGGGGCUGUGCCGGGUCCCUGCUGCGCCCAGCACGGCCCCUUCGCCCCGGCCCCGCGCCCAGCACGUCCUGCCCGUGGCGCAGGGGGGCCGGGAGCCCUUCGGCUCUGGCGGGGGCCCUGUGGGACACGGAUCCUGCGGGGCGAGGUCGCCGCUGCCCCACGGCGGUGGCUGCCUCUCGCUGCCGCCCUACCCGCCCCAGGGCGGGCCCUGCCCCAUGGCGAGCGGGGCACAGCCUCACCCACAGGCCUGGGCGAGGGCACCGAGUCUGCCUCAACUACUGCAACCACGACAUGUUUUUUAA